AUGGCUUCCCUCAACGAUCUCGUUAACCUUAAUCUCUCCGACACCACCGAGAAGAUCAUCGCCGAGUACAUCUGGGUUGGUGGAUCUGGUAUGGACCUGAGGAGCAAAGCCAGGGCUCUGCCCAAGCCAGUGACCAAACCGUCUGAGCUACCAAAAUGGAACUACGACGCCAGCUCCACCAACCAAGCUCCCGGCGAUGACAGCGAAGUCAUCCUCUAUCCACAAGCGAUCUUCAAGGAUCCCUUCAGAAAGGGAAACAACAUCCUGGUCAUGUGCGAUACCUAUACCCCAGCCGGCGAGCCAAUCCCAACAAACAAGAGGGCCGCUGCUGCCAAGAUCUUCAGCCACCCAGAUGUUGAAGCCGAGGUCCCAUGGUAA